CGUGUCUCUGCAGCCGGCUGGUGCAUGAAGUACGGGCCUGUGUACCGAUUGCGCGGCUCAGUUCCCUUCACUUUGCUGACCAGCACGGAACAGCUCAGACUCUUCACUCCGCUGUCAGCGGAUUUUAAGUAAAGCCUUGAGAAAAGAAGAAAUUGGGGCCAGAGAGAGGUGAGGAGAAUCAGGUCCCAGAUCUUUGGGGAGAAGGAGUUGUAAGGAGCUGCCCACCUCCAUCAUAGCCCAUCAGGUGGAAAGAGCAGGCUGAGAAGAGCCACAGCCCACAGGCCUCCUAGGAGAACAGCUCUGAACAGGGGAUGUGGUCGUGAGGCAGAAUCUGCAGACCCUGCAGGAAGAAGGCUCUCAGGGCCAUGGCCCAGGUCAGCAUCAACAGUGACCUUGGCGAGUGGGGCUUCAGCACGGAUGCUGGGGAGCGGGCCCGUCUGCUGCAGAGUCCCUGUGUGGACUCAGACCCUAAGAGUGAGGGGGAGGCCUCUCCUGAAAGUCUGAGCAGGGGCACCACGUCCACAUUUGGGGCCAUCUUCAUCGUAGUCAACGCCUGCCUGGGUGCAGGACUGCUCAACUUCCCAGCAGCCUUCAGCACUGCCGGGGGCGUGGCAGCCGGCAUCACCCUACAGAUGGGCAUGCUGGUUUUCAUCAUCAGCGGCCUCGUCAUCCUGGCCUACUGCUCCCAGGCCAGCAAUGAGCGGACCUAUCAGGAGGUGGUGUGGGCUGUGUGUGGCAAGCUGACAGGUGUGCUGUGUGAGGUGUCCAUUGCCAUCUAUACCUUCGGUACCUGCAUCGCCUUCCUCAUCAUCAUUGGGGACCAGCAGGACAAAAUUAUAGCUGUGUUGGCAAAGGAGCCUGAGGGGGUCGGUGGCAGCCCCUGGUACACAGACCGCAAGUUCACCAUCAGCCUCACUGCCUUCCUCUUCAUCCUGCCCCUUUCCAUCCCCAGAGAGAUCGGCUUCCAGAAAUAUGCCAGCUUCCUGAGCGUCGUGGGCACCUGGUAUGUCACUGCUAUCGUUAUCAUCAAAUACAUCUGGCCAGAUAAAGAGAUGACCCCAGGGGACAUCCUGACCAGGCCAGCUUCCUGGAUGGCUGUGUUCAAUGCCAUGCCUACCAUCUGCUUUGGAUUUCAGUGCCAUGUGAGCAGUGUGCCCAUCUUCAACAGCAUGCGGCAGCCCGAGGUGAAGACCUGGGGUGGGGUGGUGACGGCCGCCAUGGUCAUAGCCCUCGCUGUGUACAUGGGUACAGGUGUCUGUGGCUUCUUGACCUUUGGAGCCUCCGUGGACCCCGACGUGCUCCUGUCCUAUCCCUCCAACGACGUGGCUGUGGCCGUAGCCCGUGCCUUCAUCAUCCUGAGCGUGCUCACCUCGUACUCCAUCCUGCACUUCUGUGGGCGGGCAGUGGUGGAGGGCCUGUGGCUGCGCUCCCAGGGGGUGCCAGUGGAGGAGGACCUGGGGCGGGAACGGCGGCGGCGAGUGCUGCAGACGCUGGUCUGGUUCCUGCUUACCCUGCUGCUGGCUCUGUUCAUCCCUGACAUCGGCAAGGUCAUCUCGGUCAUCGGAGGCCUGGCCGCUUGCUUCAUCUUCGUCUUCCCAGGGCUGUGCCUCAUUCAAGCCAAACUCUCUGAGAUGGAGGAAGUCAAGCCAGCCAGCUGGUGGGCGAUGGUCAGUUAUGGAGUCCUCUUAGUCACCCUAGGAGCCUUCAUCUUCGGCCAGACCACAGCCAACGCCAUCUUCGUGGAUCUGUUGGCAUAACCACCGCCUCCCAGGGAACACAUGGCCUUUGCCCCUGUACCCAGGAACCCAUCUCGGAGAGCUGCAGGGCCACCCUGACUCUGGCAUCAUUCCCCUCCACUAGAGGGAUGACAUCUGGACAUCCUUUUCCAGGGACAGGUCCAGGGUGAAAUCAGGCCCCAUACUUCUGGACAGCUCAGACCCAGCUCCACCCUGUUCCCCUGUGCCAUGGAUGGUGGGAGGAGUGUCCCAGAGGAACCUCCCCUGCUCUUCCAGUUCUCAACUUCUCCAUGCCUGGAACCCAGGGCUGAAGAAGGUCAGCAAGUCUCAAAAGAAAGAAUUCCACUUGACUUCUCUCUGGAAGAGUGUAGGCAGAGGGGUGCCACCCUCCACAGAGUAGCCUGUGCUGAGCAUGGGCUGUGCUCAUAACCCAGGACUCAGCACCUGCUCCAGUCAGACGGCAGAGCAGCUGGCAGGGGCUUCCUCUGGGAUCUGGCAAAUUCAAGGGUAGCUCUGGGUCCAGACAGAAGCACAGAGGCAGAGUUAAUGCCUUGUCCACUCCCUCCUGGGCCCACAAAGCCCAAAGCCCUCUCUCCCAUGGCUAAUUGACAUUUCCCAAGGCUUCGGGGCCUCACCCAGUGUCCAGGCAUCCCUCUCCUCCUCCAUCCCCAGACAUCACCAAGUCUUAUGUUUACAAACGGUGCUAGCCCGGCUCAGCCAGGCAGGGGCCAGGGGCCGUCCGGUGCCACGGUGCUGUGAGUUCUCCAUUAGCUUUUUCAUGAUGGAGAGUCUGUUUCCUCUCAGAUUCCAGAUGGGCUCCUCUUUUCAGAGGCACAAAAACGGGUGAUAGAGAAGGCGAGGAACCUUUCAGACCUGUGCAGGCUGGGCCGGUCAGGAUCAAGGUGAACCUGUCUGAUACCCUCCCCUUCAGUGAUUGCUUCUCUCUGCCCUGCUCUGCAACCCUGCAUGAUAGCCCAGAGGCAAGCAAGGCAGCUGAGUUGUCAUUAACUGGGCAACAUUUGAGAGCAGUUACACCAGCCUGGAAGUUUCCUUUUCAAUCUGGAUCUUGUCUGCUCCUUCCUCCCACCUCAUCACCACCCCCACCCCAUUUUUCCAUGUAACUCAAUCUCCUGCUUACAGAAGUAUUGGGGGCGGGUUGUCAACCCCUCUUGUCCACUUCCUCAGCUCCACACGCCAGGCCUGGCCUUGGUGUCUGUCAUUAUGUUGAGGUCACACCUGGAUUGUGCCCAGGCAGUGAGGAGGGACACCGACUCCCAUCGGGUAUUCCCAUUUUGAACACUGGCCAACACCAGACACCAGAUCAGGCUUCCUCUACCUGGAACGCCCAGCGUUUCCCUGGCUGCUGCCAAAACCGCUGUGCUGGGGCAGGGUAGCAGGAACCCUGCCCAGCAGCCCACCGCUCAGGGCAGUCAGAUCUAAGAAGCAGAGGCUGGUUGGAGACCAGUGGGCUUCUGCCCAGUCCCCAGACUGGGUGAUCUGCCUUUCCUCACAUCCUGGCCCCUGGGGCCAGAGCCACUCUGCUGGCUUCUCAGCCUGCUGCACCUCUCCAGGCCCUGCCAGCACCAUCCCUACAGGGUCAGGAGGCAGCCUAGCCAGUAGGGCUGCCUAGCCUCCUGAUGCUGGAUUUCAGAGGUGGAGGGAAGUAAGGGAGUCAUUGAACAGAACCAGACCAGUCCGGAAAAGGGGCUGGAAUCUGGCCUCUUGGCCCAAACUCAGGAGCCCCCUACCCUCCCUUCCAGGGCAUUUUACUCUUUCUUUCUACUCGUGCACAUUCAGACCAGUGAAAAUGGUUAA